GACUCGGUUUGCAGCGCAGCCGGGGAUGGCUCAGCAGCGGCUGCUGCACGCCCAGCUCCAGCCCUCAGCCUGCUGCCACCGGGGCUGCCAGCCCUGCUGCAUCGUCCCCGUGCCCCUGGUGGCUCCCUGGUUACCAUCUGGGCUCCAUCUCCUCCUCUUCCUCCUCCUCCUCCUCCUGCCGAGCUCUAAUCCCCGCAGACUCGGCGCCGAGCGCGAGCAGCCAACAGGAGUUGCUUUGUCUGUGCUGACUUGGCGUUCCUGCUUCCACUCUGGAGGAGAUGGGGCGCAAGGAGGAGGAUGGCAGCGGCUCCUGGAAGAAGCAGACCAGCAACAUCCGCAAAACCUUCAUCUUCAUGGAGGCCCUGGGCUCAGGUGCCUUCUCUGAAGUUUUCCUGGUGAAGCAGAAAAGCACUGGCAAGCUCUUUGCUCUGAAAUGCAUCAAGAAGUCUCCUCUCAACAGGGACAGCAGCCUGGAGAAUGAAAUAGCAGUGCUGAAAAAAAUAAAGCACGAAAACAUCGUGACUUUGGAAGAUAUUUAUGAGAGCACAACCCACUUCUACCUGGUCAUGCAGCUGGUGUCUGGGGGAGAGCUGUUUGACAGGAUCCUGGAGCGGGGUGUUUACACGGAGAAGGAUGCCAGCCUGGUGAUCCACCAGGUGCUGACAGCCGUCAAAUACCUGCACGAGAACGGCAUCGUGCACCGGGACCUGAAGCCUGAGAACCUGCUGUACCUCACCCCCGAGGAGAACUCCAAAAUCAUGAUCACGGAUUUCGGCCUGUCGAAAAUGGAGCAGAACGGGAUCAUGUCCACGGCCUGUGGGACUCCAGGAUACGUGGCCCCCGAAGUGCUGGCCCAGAAGCCCUACAGCAAAGCCGUGGACUGCUGGUCCAUCGGGGUCAUCACCUACAUCCUGCUCUGUGGGUACCCUCCUUUCUAUGAGGAAACCGAAUCCAAGCUCUUUGAGAAGAUUAAGGAAGGCUACUUCGAGUUCGAGUCUCCGUUUUGGGAUGAUAUCUCCGAGUCAGCCAAGGACUUCAUCCGGCAUUUACUGGAGAAGAACCCGAGCGCGAGGUUCACCUGCGAGGAGGCCCUGCGGCACCCCUGGAUUAAUGGAAAUACAGCCCUUCACCGUGACAUCUACCCAUCUGUCAGUGCUCAGAUCCAGAAAAACUUUGCAAAGAGCAAAUGGAGGCAAGCCUUCAACGCCGCGGCCGUCGUGCACCACAUGAAGAAGCUGCACAUGAGCGGCCACGGGGCAGCUGAGGGCUCUGCCCCUGCCACAGAGACCUCAGAGCCCCCCAGGCCCAGCAGCCCCACCGGGACCCCCCCGCCAGGAGCGCCAAGAGAUGACAAGGACACAGCUCAGGGCCCCUCUCAGGGGCACCCAAACCCACCCAGACCCCCUCAGCCCCAGCAGGACAUGGGACUGGGGGAGGAAAAGCCCCCCAGCCCCCCAGAGGAGGGACCCCUGCCUGGGGACAGCAGCCUGGCCCUGCCGGACACCCCCAGCCCCCCGGGCAGGAGCUCCUGUGGCUGCAGCCCCUCCUGUGUGGGCCAUGAGAAGAUGAAGGCGUCCUCCUGCUCCGAGACAGUGCUGCUCAAAAAGUCUUCAAGAUCCCAUCAUUUCAAGUCAGAGGUUCUUGUUCCAAUGAAAACCAGUAAACACUCGUCUCACUGUGGCACUGGGCAAACUGGAGUUUGUUUGAUCAUGUGAUGGAGGCAGCCACGUGGUCAGAGAACCAGAAGGGCUCUUUUACUCUUUUCUGCACUUCAGAGCCAGACUCGGAGCAGAAAGGAGGCUCUGCCCAGCCAGCAGCUCUGGAGAGCAGUGACCAGCUGGGGCCAGGGGCACAGCAGUGCCAGGAUCCAUCCCUGCAGUCAGCUCGGGGUGUUUCUGGAUCAUUCCAGCUGGGAGGAGGCGAGGGAAGGUCUGAGGCUCCUGCUCCCACACCCAGUGUACAUUCUCAUAGGGCAUCACCAGUGCUGUGAGCUUCUGUUUCCUGCUCCCUGUUUAGGUGUCACUGCACAAACACCCUGAACAACAUCAGCCCCACAAACCAAAGCCAUGCAGAGCUUUACUCCCGUGGCAGCUCCCUUGUUUUUACAGCCCUCUCCUCUCCUCUCCUCGGGCUUGGUUACUCCAGGCUUUGGCACUCUGGAUUCAGCUGCCCAGCCCUCAGUGCAACAGGAGACAGAACCUGCUAGAAACCUCCCUGUGUGUGACAAUACCACAGCAAGGUCUGAGCUCCCCUUGCAAGGCUGUUAAUUGCACAAUGAACAC